ACAAACUAACCAAAAGAAGAAGCCAUUCAGAUCGGAAGAUCGACUCUGGAAUUCGAUUCCUCGGAUUAUGGAAGAAAGCAAACAGAGAAUCUGUUGUUUGCAGUUCUUUUGUUUCAUUUUGAUCGGUUGUUUCGCUUUUCAAACUUUCGCUUCUUCUGCCGGCACUUUAUUUUACGAGUCGUUUGAUCAAUCCUUUGAGGAUAGAUGGACCGUGUCUGAGAAUGAAGAGUAUUUAGGUGUAUGGAAUCACUCAAAGAGCGAGGGACAUGAUGAUUAUGGGCUUCUUGUAAGCGAGAAGGCUAGAAAGUACGCAAUCGUUAAGGAGCUGGAGAAGCCUGUAUUGGUUAACAACCGUACAGUUGUUCUUCAAUUCGAAACUCGCUUCUACAACCAGCUUGAAUGUGGUGGCGCAUAUCUGAAGUACCUCCGGCCUCAAGAAUCCGGCUGGACUCCCAAACAAUUCGACAGCAAUUCUCCUUACUCAAUCAUGUUUGGCCCAGAUAAAUGUGGCUCCACAGAGAAGGUUCAUUUCAUCGUAAACACCAAGUUCCAGAUGAAUGGAAAAUACGUCGAACACCAUCUCACCUAUCCUCCUAAAAUCCCUUUAGACAAAAUGACCCAUGUCUAUACUGCCAUAUUGAAACCUGAUUACGAAGUGAGUAUCUUAAUCGACGGAGAAGAGAAAAAGAAGGUGAAUAUCUUGUCACCUGAAGAUUUUCAUCCACCGAUUGUUCUCCCAAAAACCAUUCCCGACUAUGGCGAGCACAAACCUGAAGAUUGGGACGACAGCAAACAGAUUCCCGACCCAGAUGCCAAAAAACCCGACGAUUGGGAUGAAGAUAUACCAAUGGAGAUUCCAGAUGAAGAAGCUGUGAAACCAAAAGGAUGGUUAGAAGACGAACCAGAUGAAAUCGAUGAUCCGGAGGCGGUGAAGCCGGAAGAUUGGGACGAUGAGGAGGACGGCGAGUGGGAGGCUCCGAAAAUCGACAACCCUAAAUGCGAGUUCGUAGGGUGUGGAAAGUGGCAAAGACCAAUGAAGAAGAAUCCGGAUUACAAAGGUACAUGGAAAGCUCCUCUUAUUGAUAACCCUAACUACAUGGGAGUCUGGAAGCCUCGCCAAAUCCCAAAUCCCGAAUACUUUGAACUCGAAAACUUCGCAGUUGAACCCAUUGCCGCCAUUGGAAUCGAAAUCUGGACAAUGCAAGAAGGAAUUUUGUUCGACAACAUUUUGAUCGCAAAUGAUGAAGCGACUGCAGCAUCGAUUAGGGAUACGACAUGGAAGCCGAAGUUUUUAGUAGAGAAAGCGAAUCAAACAGCAGAAGAAGACGCUGCUGGUAUUGAAGGUCUCAAGGAUAUCCAGAAAUCUGUGUUUGAUGUGCUUUACAAGAUUGCUGAUUUACCUUUCUUGAGUGGACACAAGAUGAAGGUUAUGGAACUUAUUGAAGAGGCCGAAAAGAAACCAAGUCUUAUUGUUGGCAUUAUACUUUCACUUGCUGUUGUUGUUGUUAGUCCCUUGUUGAAGAUCUUGUUGGCUACCAAAAAGAAUCAAACAAAGGGGAAGGAGGGAGGUAAGAUGGCGACCGCUCAAGGCGAGGAUGCAACUUCUCCUCGUAGGAGGAAUACCAGGCGCGAUGGUUGAGCAGAUUAGCUUCUUUGGUAGAAUCAAGGCAUUAGUUUUGACUGAAGAUUUAAUCUAAUUAGAAGUUGUUUUUUUUUUCUUUUUCAAAAAA